CACUUUUAUCUCUCUCUCGUUUUACUCUCGGUAUCUCGUAGACCUUUGUUUCUUCUUUAGUUGAUAAUCUGGUAGCGAUCGAAAAAGAAAUCGAAGAUGGCAUCAAGCAGUAAGAAAAUCGAUGUUUUGUUGGUUGGUCAUGUCGUAGAUGGUAACUACGAGAAGCUCAUUGCAAGAGCUGGGGGAAAUAACAUUAACCUCAAAGUGGUCAAGACCGUUGAUCAUGUAAUGAUGGAACAUCUCCUCACGUUGGCUUCCUACGACCUUAUAAUCCUCAUGGUCACCGUAAAAAAUGGGAUCAAGGUAACUAGGGAUCUUCGGGAGGAGUAUCAUAUUAAGUCAAUGAUCGUGGCUGUGACUUCAGAGGGAGACACGGACAAACAGCGUAGUGAUUUGAUUAAGGCUGGAGUUAACCAAUGCGAGGUUAUGCCGUUAACCAAUGGAAAGAUGGAGUCGGUCUUUAACAAGCUCAAAACCGGAAUGGGUAACGGUACUUUUAAGAAGCACUUCUUUAAAGCGUUAAUCGUCGACGACAAUCGCGAUGAUGCUUUCCGUCGCCAUCAUGAAAAGCUCAUCAGAAAAGCCGGAGGACUUGUUUCCUUGAGUAUCAUCACUUUGACAGCCGUCCAGUUGCAGAUUUCUUAUGACCUUAUACUCGUGACUAAGGCAAGUAAGGCUAAGGAAGUGAGAGACAAGGGAUUCACUUCGAUCAUGGCGGGCGUGACGUCGUCCAAAGAGCAGUUUACGGCGUUCUUUGAAGCCGGAGUGGACCACAUGUUCUCGGAGAACAUAACCAUGGAAAAACUCCUCCCUCUUAUUAACAAUCUCAACAAUUAAAAAAAAAAAAUUCUUCGUUUUAUUAAUUAGUGCUUACAAGCAAUAAAUUAGUUUGCAUUUGUGUGGAUUUUAAAUUAUGGUUUGUUAUCCAGUACGUUCAUGUAUUGUUUGUGAUAUAAGUCGUUUCUUUUCGACUUAUGGAUAUUUUAUAAUUAAUAAAGGUUAGCUUUUGCU